UGCAGACAAUAAGGUGGUUGCGUAACCACAUGAAACAACUUCAGCCUGUAGAGUCGCCUUCUGUGUGCAGUGGUUUUGUCCAUAGCGGGGAUUGACAUUGAUUCCGAUCCAUGCUGCUAUAAGCAGCGUUAUAAAGGUGAACAAAAUAUAACUACAGGACUCAGCAUUCAGAACUAAGAAACAUUUGCAGAAAGCCAUUAAACUCUUAAGUUCAGUCCCUUCCACCAUGUUUGCAUCAAUAAUCCUGCUGUUAAUCUGCGUUGUCUUCAUCAUCGUUCAACUCAAAUCCCGAAGGCCUAAGAACUUUCCACCAGGACCCCCAGUCUGGCCGAUACUGGGGAAUAUUUUGGACCUGAGCCUAGAGAACCCCCUGAAGGACUUUGAGAGGUUGAGGAAGAUCUAUGGAAAUGUCUAUAGUUUAUUUCUCGGUCCCAAGCCAGUAGUAGUCAUUAAUGGGAUGAAGAGCAUGAAGGAGGCUUUAGUGACAAAGGGCGUUGAUUUUGCUGGAAGACCCCAAGACCUGUUUGUCAAUGACGCCACCCAGAGGAAAGGAGUGAUUCUGGCAGAUUACGGUUCUAGUUGGAAGGAGCAACGUCGUUUUGCUCUGAUGAACUUGAGGAACUUUGGAAUGGGGAAGGACAGCAUGGAGCAGAGGAUUCACGGAGAGAUACAAUAUACUGUGGACACGCUGGAGAAGAGUGUUGGCAAAUCCUUUAGUCCUCAAAACAUGUUUCACAAUGCGGCCUCCAAUAUCAUCUGCCAGGUUCUAUUCGGAAGACGCUUCGAGUAUGAGGAUAAGAUUAUCAAAACGAUUGUUCAAUGCUUUACUGAGAAUUCCAAGAUGGCCAAUGGGCCUUGGGCUAUGCUUUAUGACUCUUUUCCUUUGAUCAGAAGCCUGCCACUGCCCUUCAGACAAGGAUUUAAGAAUAUUGAGACAUGUCGGAAAAUUGCAAAAUCUUUGAUAAAUGAGCACAAGCAGACGAGAGUACCUGGAGAGCCGCGAGACUUUGUUGACUGCUAUCUUGAUCGGCUGGAAAAGCCGGGUGAUGAUCGUUCGUCCUUUUCAGAAUCACAGCUGACUAUGUACAUCCUAGAUCUUCACUUUGCUGGGACUGACACUACUUCCAACACCCUCCUUACUGGUUUCCUCUACUUAAUGAACUACCCACAUGUACAAGAGCGUUGUCAGCAGGAGAUAGACACGGCACUGGAGGGGAAGGAUCAGGCCAGUUUUGAGGACAGAAACAACAUGCCUUAUGUGCAGGCCGUAAUCCAUGAAUUCCAGAGAGUAGCCAACACGGUUCCACUCAGCGUUUUCCACUGUACAACUAAAGACUCAGAGCUCAAUGGAUACACCAUCCCUAAGGGUACGCUAAUCAUCCCUAAUCUUACCUCAGUGCUGAAUGAGGAGGGAGAAUGGAAAUUCCCAAAUGAAUUCAACCCUGAAAACUUCCUCAAUGACCAGGGAGAGUUUGUGAAACCAGAGGCCUUCAUGCCUUUCUCUGCAGGCCCCCGGAUGUGUCUUGGAGAGGGUCUGGCCCGUAUGGAACUCUUUCUAUUCACGGUGACGCUGCUGAGGAAGUUUAGGUUCAUCUGGCCUGAGGAUGCAGGAGAGCCAGACUUCACUCCAGUCUAUGGGGUCACUCUGACUCCCAAACCUUAUCGCAUGAAGGUCCAAUUUAGGGUCCCCCAGAAAAUCCCAAAUUAAUGGAUGUUUUAACCAACCAACAACAACAACAUGUUGAUCUAACUAUGAUGUGGCCAUCACUUACUUAUCACUCUCAACCUACACACAUCACCUUUAACAAUCAAUAAAACAUGUACUUGUUGUUGCCAACCUUUUUGUCUUUCUGAAACAAAAUAAGAUCUGUUUUUAGGAUUUACAAUUAUUUGAAAUAGCUUUGUAAGGAUUAUGCUUUCAUGCAGAUAUGGAGUCGUUGGACUCUGCUGGUGAAAACAAUGUAUUUUGUCUUUUAACUUGAUAUAUUGAUUUGAUGGUUUACUUUCACAUAUGAUUACAAGUUAAGCUUUACCUGCAAUCAUAUACUUGGUGGUUAAAUAUCAAUUACCAAUUAACCGGAAAUUGUAUGCUUUUCAUAAUUAAAAUGCUUUGAUAUGUAAAUGUUUUAAGGGAUUCAUAUGUUUGGGGCUUUCUGCAAAUGUUAUAUUUUUUAGUCCGAUAUAAUACAUGUUUAUAUAUAUAAAUAUGCUUUUAUACGUUUAAAAUAAAGAAGAAACUGGCAUACUAAUAAAUCAGGGGGUCCAGCGUGUCUGUGGUUUUUGCUAUCCUAUACUACUAAGUCACAUGUAAAGUAUGGUCUUUUAUAGGUAGCAUUUUGAGAUUAAAUUGCUUAUGACUUGUGUCUUUACCAUUAUGCUAUAUGGUUGUAUUAGAAUGGUUCAUCUUAGCAAUAAAAAUAUUUUGAUUCCUCUGACCAU